UCUGCCCUCUUCAAUCAACCUCCUCUCUGAUCAGUCGCACGCGGCCGCUCUGUAAACUUGGAGACGUCGUUCAGAAACAAGGCGGUGCUACACUUCAGCAGGGAGUCACGGCAUAUAUUCCUAAGCAGGAAACCUCUGCUGCCACUCAGUCUCUCCUGGAAAACACUGGCUGUAGGGUUUUUUUUGGUGCGCUCAGCAGCAUGGCGGUAACUAAAGGAGAGGAGCGGUCGGCUGAGCAAGCUGCGUCUUUAUUUGGGACAUCAGAGCUGGAGGGUCAAAGAGAAAACACUGGCAGGAGAAGGAAGAGGAGCAACCACUGUAAAAUCAUUAGUGUGGUACUGCCGCUGUGUUUACUGGCAAUCAUCCUUGCUGUGGUGCUUUCCCUGAAAAAGAGCAGCAAUGAGAAAGAUGAAGGGCUUUGGCUGCAGGAGGCCCUCGAGGAAACUGAGCAGCCACAGUGUCCAUCUGGCUUUUCCAGGCCUCCCCUCAUUCUGGUGUCUUUAGACGGUUUCAGGGCGGAGUAUCUGAAAGAUCACGGCAGCCACCUUCCUGUCAUCAACAAGUUACGAAACUAUGGUACAACAACGCCAUAUAUGAGGCCUGUUUAUCCCACAAAGACUUUUCCCAACCACUACAGUAUCGUGACUGGUCUUUAUCCCGAGUCUCAUGGGAUUGUAGACAACAAGAUGUACGACGUGACCCGAAACGCUUUCUUCAGCUUGAAAACUGAUGAGAAAUUCAACCCGAAAUGGUACCAAGGGGAGCCAGUCUGGAUCACCGCCAUGCGUCACAAACAAAAAACAGGAACGUUCUUCUGGCCAGGCUCAGAUGUAGACAUCAAUGGCACCUACCCAAAUUUCUACAAAUCAUAUGAUAAGAAGAUCGCUUUUGAGCAGAGGGUGGAAACGGUGUUUGAAUGGCUCAGUUUACCUCAGGGAGAAAGACCUGACUUUAUCACUUUGUACCUGGAUGAACCUGACUCAGCAGGCCAUCGUUACGGACCAGCAAGCAAGCAGGUCAUUGAGGCCUUGAAGAACGUUGACCGGAUUAUGGGUAUGCUGAUGGAUGGCCUGAAACAGAAAAACCUGCACAACUGUGUCAACAUUAUAAUCGUAUCUGACCACGGCAUGGAGGAGGCGACGUGUGAAAAGGCAGCAUAUGUGUCCACUUACCAAACCAACACUGAUGCCUUUGACAUCAUCCAAGGCCCAGCUGCUCGCAUCAGACCAAAACGCCUCCCAGAAGACUACUUCUCCUUCGACUAUGAGGGCCUGGUGAAGAACCUGUCGUGCAGGACCCCUGAUCAGCCAAUGAGGCCUUACCUCAAAGAGAACCUCCCCAAACGGAUGCAUUUUGCGAACAACAAACGUAUAGAGAGAGGACACCUCUAUAUGAAGAAGGGCUGGCAGGCUGCGCUGAACAGCAAAGAAAUCAAGUACUGCGCCGGUGGUUUUCACGGCUCUGAUAACCUCUUCACCAACAUGCAGGCGAUCUUCAUUGGCUUUGGUCCAGGAUUUAAAAAGCAAGCUGUUGUGCCCCCUUUUGAAAACAUUGAAGUAUAUAACCUCAUGUGUGAUCUCCUUGGAAUUCGUCCCGCUCCGAACAACGGGACCCACGGCAGUCUGAACCACCUCCUGAAGCAUCCCGUCCACCUCCCCGUUCACCCAGCGCAGCUCUCCCAUGAUACCCCCUGCGAGGCCACUUCCCCCAUUCCCACUGACGACCUGCAGUGCACCUGUGGAUCCCAAACCAAAGCAAUGGUGGAAGAUAUGAACAGACGUCUCAUGACAACUAACGACAGUGUUAAAGCCAGCUUACGUCGCCUCCACCAUCCUUUCGGCAUCCCUUUAGUCGUCCAACCAGGCGCCACCUUUUGUCUGCUGCACCACUCGGACUACCUCAGCGGAUACAGCAAAGACCGCCUCAUGCCUCUCUGGGUGUCUUACACCAUCCAGCCUCUGACCUCAGAGCGACUCCUGGACCCAGAUUUGGCGGCAUGUGUUCGUGCUGAUGUACGCAUCCCACCGUCCUCCAGCCAGCUGUGCCGGCGCUACAUUGACGACCCACUUCUGUCCUAUGGCCUGCUGCAUCCCCCCAAUCUGAGUGCCAACAGACCUGACACAGACUCUCUAAUCACAAGCAACAUGGCACCAAUGUUCCCUGCAUUUAAAGAUGUUUGGGCACAUUUCCAUGACUUCCUGCUUCCAAAAUAUUCACAACAGCUGAACGGAGUUAACAUCAUGAGUGGGCCAAUAUUCGAUGAAAAUGCUGAUGGAAACGUUGAUGCAUUCCAAACAGUAUCGACAAACGUGGCUCCUACCCCGACACAUUUCUUUGUGAUCCUGACCAGCUGUAAGAACUCGACCUUCAGCCCUGUUAACUGCGAGGGUCCUCUGCAGGCCAAGUCCUUCAUCCUGCCCAACAGGCCUGACCACACAGAGAGCUGUUCUACUGGGGCAGACUUGACAUGGGUGGAGGAUUGGCUGCAGUUUCACACUGCCCGCGUCCGAGACAUCGAGCUCCUGACCGGACUCAGUUUCUACCACAACAGGUUAUCAGUGGAGGAGACGCUACAGCUCAAGACUUUUUUACAUACUGUUUAAAAUUAGAGACAUUAUCCAAUGAAAAAAGGAAGCCAUAUCGGUCUGCUUUACAGGCCUCUGUCCAUGUGGACACACAGUUAACCUGCUGUCAGUGGGUUUAAUGGGUGCCUCACUUAUAAAAGUUUCCUGUGUUCAGACCAAAUUUAUCCCAACAUUAAGUUCCAUCCAGUUUUGUUUUUGUUUUGUUUUUUUUGUAAUGUCUCAUUCCAAAACUAAUUUUAUAAUAAUUAAUUGUGUGAAAGCCAUAUAUUUGUUUUUGAUUGUGUUUUUAAGAGAUAAAGUCAUUUUUUUUAUAAAUGAGGCUCCAGAUCUCAGAACCAAAGACGCCGUCACAUCUGCUGAGUGGCCCCGAAGCUUCAGACGGGCACAUGGGACAGGAACAAUAUAAAAAGGGAAAAGAAAACAUUUAUUGACGGAGGAAGAAGAAUGUAUUUUUAUCGCAAAGGCUUGUAUUGGCAGGGGCAUUUCAGGAAACUCAUCUCAAUCUGGAAACAGUCGUGUCUGCUGUUUGCUGAGGCGGGAGUCUUUCCACACAUCUGGAGCAUGGGCUGUAGCAGCUGGAAUGAACACCAAAUGUGAGAAUUUAAGAAAAAAAAAAGUUUUACUCCACAAAAAGAAAUUGUUAAUAUAAUAAUUCAAGGUUUCACCUGCCAUAUGUUGUCGCUGUAUGUCCAUGGUUGUUAUUUUUGUAUUUUCAGCGCCAGUGUUGUUUUUGGUAUUUUGUACAUUUUGGUCAAUUAAAUUUUUUGACAUAGUUUUUAGAUUUUUGAGUGCAUGUGUGUGUCUGUGUGUGUGUCUGUGUGUGUGUGUGUGUGUGUGUCUGUGUGUGUGUCUUUGUGAGUGUGUGUAUGUGUGUGUGUGUGUGUGUGUGUGUGUGUGUGUGUGCGUGGCUGAAAUUCUUUUUGGGAUCAACACACUCCUUGUUCAGUCUUUGAUCUUUCUUCUUCACUGUCUGGAAGUUGAAGAUGUGCAAGUAAUUUGCAGGGGAAAAAAAGAAAGGUUCAACCAUUUCCAUUAUGUACAGCUUUUUAAGAGUAUUGUCAGAAAUGGCAGCUAUGGACAAAUACACAAUUUCAUAUAAAAACUCUUCCACACUGA